CUGCUCCUUACUUUUAAAACGUGCAUUAUAAAAUAUUUGUCCAUGUGGGCUUACGGUUGCUUUUCUUUCACUUCUCUUUCUUAUUCAUUUCAAAUGACUUGUUUCCUCUUUCUUUCGUUUCCUUGACGUACUUGCCCUUUGCUGCACUGUUCUAUAGCUGCCAGAGAGCCUGUUCCUAGCUUGGUCAGAAUUCUAACCAAGAUUCCAUCCUACAAGAAGUAGGGUUCCGUCUUUGGAAAGAAGGCAUCCCAGAGGCAGAAAAUGGACCAGGGCGGAUGCCAGAGUGGCCACAGAUGGGCUGGGGUGACCUGGGGGUGUUUGGAGAGCCUUCUAAAGAGACCCCUCAUCUGGACCAAAUGGCUGCCGAAGGGAUGCUUUUCCCUAACUUCUACACUGCCAACCCCCUCUGCUCUCCUUCAAGAGCAGCACUGCUCACUGGCCGCCUUCCCAUCCGCAAUGGAUUCUAUACAACCAAUGCACAUGCCCGAAAUGCUUAUACACCUCAGGAAAUAGUCGGAGGAAUCCCAGAUUCGGAGUUCCUCCUUCCUGAGCUGCUGAAGAAAGCAGGCUAUGUCAAUAAGAUUGUUGGCAAGUGGCAUUUGGGUCACAGGCCCCAGUUUCACCCCUUGAAGCAUGGAUUUGAUGAGUGGUUUGGAGCCCCCAACUGUCAUUUUGGACCUUAUGACAACAAGGCUAGGCCCAACAUUCCUGUUUACAGGAAUUGGGAGAUGGUAGGCAGAUUCUUUGAAGAUUUCCCCAUUAAUCUCAAGACAGGAGAGGCUAAUCUAACUCAGAUCUACUUACAGGAAGCAGUGGAUUUUAUUAAGCAGCAGGCCCACCAACAGCCCUUUUUUCUCUAUUGGGCUGUUGAUGCCACCCACGCACCUGUGUAUGCUUCAAAAUCUUUCCUGGGUACCAGUCAAAGAGGGCGAUAUGGAGAUGCUGUUCGUGAAAUUGAUGAUUGCAUUGGGAAAAUACUGAAACUCCUUCAGGACCUGGGUAUCCAAGAGAACACAUUUGUGUUUUUCACAUCUGAUAAUGGAGCUGCUCUCAUUUCUGCUCCCAUUCAAGGGGGCAGUAAUGGGCCCUUCCUAUGUGGGAAACAAACCACUUUUGAAGGUGGGAUGAGGGAGCCAGCGAUCGCCUGGUGGCCUGGACAUAUACCUGCUGGACAGGUGAGCCACCAGCUGGGGAAUGUGAUGGAUCUCUUCACCACCAGCCUGUCCCUAGCGGGCCUGAAGCCUCCCAGCGACCGAGAGAUUGACGGCAUUGACCUUCUCCCAGCCAUUGUGCAGGGCGAGCUGAUUGACAGGCCCAUCUUCUAUUACCGUGGCAAUGAAAUGAUGGCGGUCAGAGUGGGACAGUACAAGGCUCACUACUGGACAUGGAGCAACUCGUGGGAGCAGUUCAGCCAGGGUAUUGAUUUCUGCCCUGGGCAGAAUGUCUCUGGAGUUACCACCCACAGCCAAGAGGAACAUACAAGAUUGCCCCUGCUUUUCCACUUGGGUAGAGAUCCAGGGGAGAAAUACCCCAUCAGUUUUUCCAGCCUCGAGUACCAGAAUGUUCUUCUUAAAAUAUUCCCAAUCGUUGAGGAACACAAGAAGACCAUGAUACCAGCAGAGCCACAGCUCAAUGUGUGCAAUCUAGCUGUCAUGAACUGGGCCCCCCCUGGUUGUGAGAAGCUGGGGAGGUGCUUGGCUCCGCCAGAGUCCAAGCCCGAGAAGUGCUUUUGGCCCCACUAGCCGCAGGUGGAUCCCAGAAGUCCACGGGGCAGGAGUGGGGAGCACAUCUGUCUUGGCAGGGCUCGUCAUGGAGGCAAGAACAAAAAGUAUGGAAAGAUGAGUUGUCACAUCCCUUAGUUCCAGCAGUGAUUUUCAUCAGCUCCCCGGUGAACAACUGGAGCACGUGCCUGUCUUUGCAAGUGAACAAUUGUGACCCAGAAGAAUGACCUCCCAGGAGAAAGAAACUUGGGGUUGUCUUCUCUCCCUGUUAAGAAUCAUGUUUCACAAAGACCAGCAUCUGAAAACAGGGAAACACCCUUGAACUUGUCCUAAAACCCAAUCCCAAGGGACCACCCCUCAUAUCAACCACAGAGUCACUGAUUGGCAACAGAUAAGGAGAAAAAGUGAAUACCCUGUAUUUCUGUUCUCUUGUCUUCUUAAAACCUCCGAAUGCUUUCUGACAUGUGUGUUCUGUUGAUCUUCACAUUGUUACUGUGAAAGAAUAGGUAUUAUUAUCCCCAGUGGCUCUAAUUACCUCCUUGACAAGCUUUCUCUAGGGCCUGGAACCUGAGUUCAGACAGCCUGUGUGUGUGUGUGUGUGUGUGUGUGUGUGUGUGUGUCUGUACACACACCAAGCUCUAGCUUUUUUUGCCCUCAUAUUUCAGUCCCAGUAUUAACAGUGCAGCUGCCAAAGUGGAGUUUGUUACUAGCGAGAAAGGAAGGAACCUGGGGUAUUGCAAAGAUCCAUCUGUUUGCCAUCCAGCCCAGCUCAUCCUGCCCCAAGGCUUCCUAGUUUCCUCUUGGGCCACUCUCCCCAUCAGCAUGGGCCACAGAUGGCUUAAGGGACAGAUAUUGUGUGUGAAGAAGGAAGUCUCGAGCAGGGCUGGGUGGGGGUGGAACUUAGAGAGGAGAAGAGGUUUGGCCAUUACUGAUCUCAGCCCACAGAGAGUAGAAAGAGGGAUUGGGGAGAGGGCCCAUUCCCCAAAACCCAGGCACAACUGAAAAGUGGAGAUAGCCAGAGGAUGGUUUUCUGGGCUGUCUUCUGGGAGAAUCUGGAAUUUCACCUCCAUUGAUUCCCCCUGUCAUCUAGGAGGAGUUCAAAGGGGAGGAGGGAAUACCUUAUUCCUUCCCCAAUUAGACCGGAGACCACUCUGGAGCCAGAGGGCCGGCCUGAGAUUUUAGAAGGCUGCCUCAGCUUAGGGCAGAACAGGAAAGGGAACCAGGGCGUGGAGCUUCAGUUCCUUUUCUUCCCCAAAGUGAGAGAUCUGAUGGAGCAGCAGGUGGUUUUUCCUGUCCUUGUAGUGACCUCGAGGAAUAAGAAAUAGGAGCCAUGUUCCUCAUCUCUGCACCCCCCCCCAAAAAAAAAAGGAUGCCUCUGAUUUGGAGACCCACCAAAGAGGUUGGACUUGGGGGAGAUAGGAAGUGGGAAUCCCAGGCUUCCACAGACGUUCCCAGCUGCCCUCUACAUCCCUGACAGGCGUGAAAUCUGACACGAGAGCCAUACCUGGGAGCUGGGGCCCUUCAGAGCAGGCUUUGCCCUCUGCUCUGGAGCAGGAGGAAGGGAAGUCACAGACUGGGCCUUCAAUUCCUGACAUUUUAGGAAGGCUAGAACUACACCCUUCUCCCUUCCAUGGCAGACCUGGAGCUGUUUACUGGGUGGGGGAAUCUUCUGGCUCCCUGAUCUUCCUGUCACUGAGGUGGAGAGGACCCCCUAGCUUUUGUUCUGUCCGUGACACUCUUUCUUCAAUCUCCUUUGCUGCAUCUUCAUCCAUAUCAUACCUGCAGCUCCCGUGGGCUCACUUACCGCUAUGUAAAGGAUUUCCAGAUCUCCACUUCCAGCCCUAACCUCUGUCUCCCGGAUUCCUUUCCUACAGUAGAUAACUCAAAUUGGAUGGUUUGUAUGCAUUCCAAAUUCAUCUGGUUCAAAACAAAAGUCAUCCUCUUUCCCCCACAAACCAGCCUCUUUUUCCUGAACUUCCCUGUCACUAUUAAGGGUACUAUCAGCCUCCCACUCAGCCAGGUUCCCUAUUUCAGUGUGGUCCUUGACUCCUCACUGUCACCGGCUCAUUAUCAAAUCUUAUUGUUUCUGCCUUCAUGGACAUAUCUUGCUCAAUUCCUUUCCCAUUCUGCUGGAGAAAUGCCCACUAUUUAUUUGUCUAUUAUUCCAAAGAUUCUAAUUAAUAUAAUUCCAGAGAUUCUAAUUCUAAUUUUAAAUAUUGAUAAUGCUGCUUUUAAGAGUGAUUUGGUAUUAAGGAUUAUAAAAUAAAUUUCGGAUUAAAAAUAGUGUUUGUCUAACCAAAUUAAUUUUCUGUUCAGGAUAAAAUAAACAUUUCCAAGGAAACAGCA